AUGGCUUUCCGACGUCCUCUGACGCUGUCCUCGACAGCAUCAAUGCCUUUCCUCUCGGUGGCUGGCCGCAGCUCUCGGCUUGCAUCUGCCCUUCCCCGAUCAACCUUUACUACGAGUUCCAGGGCCUCCUCCAGCUCAACCUCAGCAUUGGCCUACAAGGCUCUCCACCGCCGCUCCCCUCUUACCCUCCCAGUCUCGGACAUCUCACCGCAAUGGGACGCCCCGACAGCCGUCUCGUCAAUCCUCUACGAGACCCCCGUUCGCCCGACAAACCCGCCGAAGCGUCAUAUCCUGAACUGUCUGGUACAGAACGAGCCCGGUGUGCUCUCUCGUGUCUCUGGGAUUCUUGCGGCCCGCGGCUUCAACAUUGACAGUCUUGUUGUCUGUAAUACCGAGGUGGAGGAUCUGUCUCGCAUGACCAUCGUGCUGCAGGGUCAGGACGGAGUCGUUGAGCAGGCCCGCCGCCAGCUGGAUGAUCUCGUCCCUGUUUGGGCUGUGCUCGAUUACACGGACUCUGCGCUGGUACAGCGUGAACUCCUCUUGGCCAAGGUCAGCAUUUUGGGCCCUGAGUUCUUCGAGGAAUUGCUCCAGCACCAUCGUGAGAUCACAACACCCGUCGAUGCCGUAGAAGGCAUGAGGGAGAAGAACGGCGAGGAACGGUCUCUGUCCAAGACUGCUGAGGAAUUCCACCCCCGCAACUUGCCCAGCAGUCAAGCUCUCCGACACAAACACGAGCAUCUGGAUGCCAUUACACGAUUGACUCACCAAUUCGGUGGCAAGGUGUUGGAUAUCAGCACGAACAACUGCAUUGUCGAAAUUUCCGCUAAGCCCAACCGUAUCGAUUCCUUCAUGAAGCUCAUUGCCCCCUUCGGUAUCCUCGAGUCCACCCGUACCGGCCUGAUGGCCCUUCCUCGUUCUCCUCUCUUCGAGCCGAACGACGAGAUUGAGAAGGAUGCCGCCGACGUGGUCGAUGCUAGCACCCUUCCUCCCGGCUAA